GUGGAAGGCAGAACAGACUUCCUGCAACUGCAGACAGGCAGCAUCAGGAGCAGAGGAGGGGAAGGCAGGCUCUCUGUUCCAAAAAGGCAGCUGGCAGUUUGAAACUUCAAAGCCGACUUUAAAGACAACAACAUACGAAAUCCAGCACAGGCUGGAUACAUCUCAUUGUUCCCCCGCAAAAGAACAAGCCAUUCUCCUCGCACUUUCAGGAGCGGAAGAGGAAAGGGUGUAAACAGGACGAUGGCUGAGCCCCACUCUGGUUUUCUCCUUCAGGUUCUUCUGUUUCAAACGUUCUGCACUGAUGCCAACUUCCUGUGACGAUGAUGGGCUUUCCUGGAACGAUUGCUCCAUGCUGAGAUUGCCCCAAAUUUAGGCCCUCUGUCCAUAUCGCUGUUGGAGUUUCUUCCUGUCUGGAUUAAAAAACACACACAUUUCUCAACCAUGGGAUUCUCCGCCCCUCACUGGAGGCUUUUUAUGAAAAGGGAUGUCUGGAAAUUCUUCACCUACGCAUGCUGAUUCACACUGCUUCCUCCCUUGGGGCAAAGGCCAACAUCUGUUCCAAGUUGGGACUCCAUGUGCCCGGGGGAAGCCAUGCCCUGCCAGCGUCGCCCCCAAACAACCAGCGAGACCCCACGAGAGGACCUCUUCUAUCAGACCUACUACAGCUUGAGUCAACAGUAUCCCCUGAUCCUCCUCCUCUUGGUCAUUGUGUUGGGCAUCUGCGUGGCACUCAUUGCGACAUCCUUCGCCAGCGGAAGGGAUUUCUCCUCCAACCUGGGCUUCCUGAUCACAUUGUUUGUUGCUCUGGCCAUCUUCAGUCUCAUCCUGGUCCUUGCAUGCAUCGAGAGCAUCUUCCAGCGAUGCACCCGGAUCUUCUCUGCUGUCAUCUGGACCUGCCUUAUCACCAUGGGCUAUGUCUUUGUCUUCACAGGAGGGAUAGUGAACCCCUGGGAUCAGGUCUCCUUCUUCCUCUUCAUCAUCUUCACUGUCUACACCAUGUUGCCCGUCGGCAUGCAAGAGGCAGUCGGGGCUGGCUUGAUCUCCUCCCUCUCCCACAUCAUCGUCCUGGGAGUCUACCUCUCGAUGCAGCCCCGGCCUCAGGCCGAGCUGGGCCUGCAGCUUCUGGCCAAUUUAGUCAUCUUUGUCUGUGGGAAUUUGGUGGGUGCCUACCACAAGCACCUGAUGGAGGUGGCCUUGGAGGAGACUUUCCACGAGACCUUCAACCUCAUCCAGUCCCGAGUCAAGCUGGAAUCGGAGAAGCGGCACCAGGAGCACCUGCUUCUCUCUAUCCUUCCCGCCUACAUUGCUUUGGAGAUGAAGGCCGAGAUCAUUGAGCGGCUACGGGAUGGGGGCCAGGCACAGCGGAGGCAUGAAAGUGCCAACAACUUCCACAACCUCUAUGUCAAACGCCACAAGAAUGUCAGCAUCCUGUAUGCUGACAUUGUUGGGUUCACGCUCUUAGCCAGUGAAUGCUCCCCAAAAGAGCUAGUUCUUAUGCUCAAUGAACUCUUUGGCAAGUUUGAUCAGAUUGCCAAGGAUAAUGAGUGUAUGCGGAUCAAGAUCUUGGGCGACUGCUACUACUGUGUCUCCGGACUGCCGGUGUCACUGCCCAACCAUGCCCGCAACUGUGUCAAGAUGGGUCUUGAUAUGUGCCAAGCCAUUAGGAAGCUGCGUGACGCCACUGGGGUGGACAUCAACAUGAGAGUUGGGGUCCACUCAGGGAACGUCUUGUGCGGGGUGAUUGGACUCCAGAAGUGGCAGUAUGACGUCUGGUCUGAUGACGUGACAUUAGCCAAUCAUAUGGAAGCAGCCGGCGUGCCAGGGAGAGUACAUAUUACAGAGGCCACUUUGUCCCACCUGGGUGAUGUCUAUGCUGUGGAAGAAGUUUGUUUCUUGCAACGUGACCCUUACUGGAGGGAGAACAAGAUCAGAACCUUCUUAGUCAUUGAUCCAAGGGCAGAAGAAGAAAGCCCCAGUGACCCCAUCUCACCCGCACCAGGCAAGGGCUGCACGAUCAGGGCCUCAGUCCGGAUGACCCGCUACCUGGAGUCCUGGGGGGCGGCCAAGCCCUUUGCCAACCUGAACCACCUCGACAGCCUUUCAGCAGAACAGGCGGGUUUUGUCAGGAACAACCACUCGGAGAUCUCUCUGGGGUCUUUGAACCAGCAGAAGACCCUGGAAAGGGGACGUGCACCCAGAAGCCCAGAUGAAGAGCUGGAAGGCGUGGAUGAGAAGUUCUUCCAACUGCUUGAGCAGCUUAACUCUCAAAAGCAAUGGAAGAAAUCGGAAGAUUUGAAUCGCAUCACGCUGUACUUCAAGGAGCAGUCCCUCGAGAAGGAGUACCGACUAUCGGCGCUCCCGUCUUUCAAUUACUACACGGCCUGCACCUUCUUGGUUUUCGUUUCCAACUUCCUCAUCCAGAUCCUUGUUGUUUACAAGACUGAAGCUCUGGGGAUAUCCUAUGGAAUUUCAUUCUUCCUCUUCCUCGUCCUCCUCCUGACCUGCUUUGCUGGUCACCUAGGAAAGUGCUUCCUGAAAGGUCCCAAGAUCUUGUACUGGGUCCCAUCUGUCUCUGCCACAGUCUGCACCCAGCCGUGGCUCCGGGUCUCCCUGGGUAUCAUCACCAUUUUAGUGGUCCUCACCAUGGCUGUCCUGAAUUUGUUCUUCACACCAGAGACCGGACAGCCCCUGAAUUCCACCCAAACAGGCAUGAACAUCACACGAGACGUUUCAUCACGUUUUGACUCCCUCUUCAGUGUGCCGUAUUACAUCUACUGCUGUGUCCUGGGAUUCCUCUCAUGCUCUCUCUUCCUUCACAUGAACUUUGAGCUCAAACUCACGAUGCUGACCCUUUGCCUGGUGGUCUACAACGUGCUGUUCCUUCACACCCACUCAUGGCUCUCCGACUGCUACAUCUCCUACCUCUAUCCCAACCAAACAGCUCUCAGGCCUGGAGUGCUGAAGGAGCCCAAGAUGAUGGGAGCCAUUUCCUUCUUUGUCUUCUUCUUCACCCUCUUGGCCCUGGCCAGGCAGAAUGAGUAUUAUUGCCGCCUGGAUUUCCUCUGGAAAAAGAAGUUCAAGAAAGAGCGUGAGGAGAUCGAGACCAUGGAAAACCUCAACCGUGUCUUGUUGGAGAAUGUGCUGCCAGCUGAUGUAGCUCAGCAGUUCAUUGGCCAGAACCGCCGCAAUGAGCAGGAUCUUUACCAUCAGUCGUACGAGCACGUCUGUGUCCUGUUUGCCUCCAUCCCUGACUUCAAAGAGUUUUAUUCUGAAUCCAACGUCAACCGUGAAGGCCUUGAGUGCCUUCGGUUACUCAAUGAAAUCAUUGCUGAUUUUGACGAGCUCCUCUUGAAGCCGAAGUUCAGUGGAGUGGAGAAGAUAAAAACUAUCGGCAGCACCUACAUGGCGGCCACUGGCUUGAAUGUGGCAGCUGGCCAGGAUAACCAACAGGAAGCUGAGAGGAGCUACACUCAUCUGGGCACCAUGGUGGAGUUUGCCAUGGCUUUGGUUGCCAAGCUAGACAUCAUCAACAAGCACUCUUUCAACAGCUUCAAGCUUCGUGUGGGCAUAAACCAUGGACCAGUUGUGGCUGGCGUGAUUGGAGCCCAGAAACCCCAGUACGAUAUUUGGGGGAACACAGUGAACGUGGCUAGCCGGAUGGAGAGCACAGGCGUGCUGGGGAAGAUCCAGGUCACGGAAGAAACUUCCAAAGCCUUGGAAACAGUGGGUUAUACUUGCUGCCUUCGUGGGGUCAUCAAGGUGAAGGGCAAGGGCCAACUGCGAACAUUUUAUGUCUGUACAGACACAGCACGGCCUGGUGCCCAAGCUCCUAUGCUGAGCUGAGUCCGGCAGAAGAGCCAAACUGCAGCAAGAGACAGACUCUCCAGGGCGGGAUGUCCUGCAAACAGCUGCAGGCUGUUCCUCCUGCCACUUGGGGGCAGCAGAGAGGCCUCUUUUUAACUGACCUCUCUAGCACUCAAUUUCAGGCAAGUCAUUGUGCUGCAGACAUGGCACAUGGGCUGCCAAAGGGACUCCGCUUGUCAGAAUGGACUGACUGCAGAAGGAGGCUUUAAGAGGGUGGCAAGGAGAGAAAGUCCAAGCAUCAAAUGAAAAGUAAUCAAAAUGACUCAAAACUUUUGCCCCUUCCAAGGAAGAAUCUACUUUUACCUCCACUUCCAUGUGGACUGUGGACUUCCAUGUUGACUGCGGCCACAAAGAUGGCACUUGAUACUGCUAUAAGCCACUCCAGAGGUAUUUUAAGAGACUACAAAAGACUUUGAGGGAAGGAGGUCACUCCUCAGUCAAGUUCUCCUGCAACUGCACUUGAGCCUACUCCAAAGAACCCAAAUCCAGCUCCGAGCUCAACCCAGUGCUCUGUGGAGUCUCACUCCCCAAUAUUUGUAGUUUGCUCCUUCAGCAAGGCUGUUAAUUCCAUUACCCAGCCCUGAGCAUCACGCAUGGGUGCCUGAUCCCCCACCCACUCUCAAGCAAUGGCCAGUUGUAGCCUUUCUUCUUGGAUCCUUCAAAGCCUCCCCAAUUCUCGCAUGGCCUAGGGAUGAGCUGGAAGACAUCUGCAGCAAUUCUCUGAACACAAAUGGCCUACCUUGAACGGCAGGGGUUCAUUUGGGAAGGGAGGGAGGUACAGAGACAGAGCCCCAGGCCUGUCUUGCUGCUACUGAGGCAGGCCCCUAAUUUAGCUGCGGUAUGAAAGUUAUUGCAUCUGUCGCAACCAUCCGGUGUGGGUUGGAUGUCAGUUUGCCUCGGAGUAUAAUGCAAGACACCACCAUUUCCUGAAUCUCUUUUUAGGUCAUUUUCCCCACCUCCCUUCCUUUUUAACUUGUGGUUUGCCUUCCUGACAUGUAGUAGUCUAGAAGUACUCAAAUGUGUAUUUCAUGUGGUUGGGGUGGUGAGUGGUUACGGUUCUGUGCAUACUCCUUUUUUGCUCAAGCUUUGAGUUCUCUCUCAGCUCAGUUUUGAUUUGGGGAAGAGAGGCAGCUCAGAAGACUUGAGCAUCAGGUCUUAGGUUUAACACCUGGCAGUUUUAUUUAGCAGAGUUGAAAAGAUUGUUCCCUGAGACCUUGGAGAACCAUUGCCAAAAGGAAAAAAAGAAGCUGUAUUCAACCACUACGUUGUACAUGUGUACAUGAUAACUUCUUCCAAAGGAGGGGAGGAACCAUUCUCUGGAAGUAACAGCACCCAGGAAUACCCAAACUUCUUCCUGGCUGUUCCGUUCUGUCGCCAACUCUCUGCGACCAACUUGCAUCGAGUUGUCCCUGCAGUGAGUUAGCCAUGUUGAGGUUGGCCAGAGAGUUGUCCUAGACCUGGCUGUUCCACCCUCAUUCCCAGCCUCCCCGGCAUCACUCCUUGCUCACCGCAUGGACACCCCACAGCUGCUCAGCUUUCCCCAUGCCAGUGCUGGGUCAGCAUUUAAAGAACCCGCAUCCCACUCCCAUAUUAUUAAUGACAAGUAUUUUUUAGCCCGUUUAAAUAAUGGGCUCUAGUGGGGAAUCCUCUCCUUGGGCUGCCAGCGGGCCCAGUCCCCCGUCGCGGCCACUGCCACCAGCGGGGCCAGUCUUCUCGGCACGGGGCCAGUCUUCUCGGCGUGGCGGCGGCGGCGGCCGCCAGCGGGGCCAGUCUUCUUGGUGCGGUGGCGGCCGCCAGCAGGGCCAGUCCUUCCUGCCGCCGCCGUCUUUCCCUGCUCCCGGUCCGGGAGCCAACAUGGCCGCCCGUGUCCCUGCGGCCGUAUCUUUCUCGGAUGUUCUGAGCAUGCGCUCUGCGCAUGCUCAGAACAGCCGAGAAAGAUACGGCCGCAGGGACACGGGAUUACAACCAAGCUCUUUAUUAUAGAGGAUUGCACCGUGAUUGGUUAUCUCCGCAGGUGGGUGGCAGGAGUUCCAACAUAGGCUUCUGAAUCUUCCAGCUUGCACAGUCCUAGUGUCUACAUGCAUUGUACAUGCUUUCCUCUGACCGUACAUGCAUUCAUUUUAAGAGGGAACCUGGGUGUGGACCCUGCUUAAAUGGAGGGUGCAGAUCUGAAGUCAGGAGAACCCUGACAUCCAGCAGGCAUACCACUAUUCUUGGGGCUGUGCUUUUGUCAGACAUGGGCCAUACCUGAACACAUACUGUUCAGAUAUACAGGGUAAGCCACACCUCCAAGCUAGCACUUUACUCUGAUGUCAUUGGAAGAUGAGGAUGGAGCUCUAGUUCAGUGAGCAUCUGCUUCUCACACAGGAGGUCCCAGGUUCAAUCUCCAACAUCUCCAGGUAGGACUGAUAAAGACCUCUGCCUGAAACUGUGGAAAGCUGCUGUCAGUCAAUGUAGACAAUACUGAACUAGAUGCUACAAGCAUCUGAUAAGGCAUCUUCCUAUGCUCCUCUUCCAUAAGCCACAAGCUGUGCCCCAGAAUCCCCUUGCUGAAUAUUGAGGAUAUUCAGACCCAGAGCUGUGGUUGACAACCCUCUGUGUGCUGGCAGGUGGUUGAGGGAUGCAAUAUUCCAGCACAGUGACUACCCAUCCAUACAGGCAAAGGUGUCCCCAAACAGAACUUCUCCCUUUCUGGUUACCAGGAAAAGGAGGAAGUGGAAGAGGGUUUGCUGUAGAAUCAAAGCAAGUGUAUUUAAAUUCUUGCUGGAAUAAACAGUGUUAUCUAUUUGUAGACAAUGAAGUCACAAUGUGUUUAUUUUUUCUUUUGAGCCUUCCUUCCUCAUGGAAUGUAGACUUAUGAGAUCA